AUGGAUCAACUCAAGGAAAUCACGCUGUCAACCGUUGAGCAGGACCCACAGGAUUCAUCCCAACUGGACAAGGCGGAGAAUGUGGCCCCAGAUCAAUUCGAUGAAAAAUAUCGCACGACCAGAAAGGAGAUUUGGGCUUAUUACUCCUAUUACAUCGGCAACAAUGGACUUUCUCUGUUCAACUUCGCGCCCACGGCUUUUCAGAACUUGAUGUACCAAGCAGCCCCACCGAAUGGCAUGCUCGACUUCGCGGGCCGGUCACGGACAAUCAACAGUAUCGUGCUGCUGUGUAACGGCAUCUCUUUCGCGAUUCAAAUCGUUGUAUUCCUGGCCAUUGGUAGUUUCGCGGAUUUCGGUUACUGGCGACCCAACAUCUUGAUCGCUCUAUCGAUUAUCGCAUGGGCAAUUGGCUUUGGCUGGCUGGGCGCUCAUACUUGGGACCAAUGGCACGUCGGUGUUGGUCUUUACAUUGUCGGCCUCAUCGCUUACCAAACGACAUUGACCUUCUGGACCGCCGCUUUCCCAGGGUUGGCCCGUAACACGGUCGAAAUGAAGGAGAAGGCCGACGAGUAUGCCUCUGGAAAGAUUACUCGCGAUGAAUACAACUACGCCGAUACCAUGAUGCGCAGUCGUCUGUCUAACAUUUCGUUCUAUGUCCAAUCUGUGGGGGAGAUUUUUAUCCUAGCCAUUAUUGUCGGCAUUAUGUUCGGACUAGAUGUCAAUGCCAGCGACGCCAACAACAACUGGGGCCUGAGUGUCCUAAUCGCUUUUGCGUCGGGUGUCUGGCUUCUGGUAUCCCUGCCAUGGUUCUUUCUCGAAAAGCGCCGCCCGGGCCAAGAUCCCGGCAAGCGAUCUGUUUUUGUUGCGGGCUUGUGGCAGCUCUGGCAUGCGAUGAAGCAGAUCUGGCAUCUGAAGCAGAGUUUGCUAUAUUUGAUUGGGUAUUUUUUGCUAGGAGACUCUCUAAAUACCACAGUCACUGUGAUUGGUACUCUUCAGAAUGAGAUCGUCGCUUACAACACUCUCCAACUUACCUAUCUUUUAAUCGUGGGCAUUGCAGCACAGGCUGUCGGUAUUUACGUGUUUUGGUUCAUUCAACAGCGUUAUAAGCUGGGAACCAAAACCAUGUUCAACGUUAUCGCAUUUAGCAUUAUCCUUCUCGACGGCUGGGGAAUGAUCGGAAUCUGGACCCAAAGCUUCGGUUUCCAUAACGUAUGGGAAGUCUGGGUAUACCAAGCGUUCUACGGUCUUUUCGUGUGUCCCUGGUACAGCUAUUCGCAAAUCAUGAUUUCGGAAGUCACACCCCGUGGCCACGAAUUCCUAUUUUUCAGCUUGUUCAGCAUCAUCGGAAAGACCUCAUCGUUUAUCGGUCCCAUUGUCUCAAGCGCUAUUAUCGAUGCGAGCCCGACUGGAAACACCUCUACUCCAUUUUACUUCCUUUUCGCAUUAAGUCUUUUCAGCUUCCUUCUCCUGGUGUUCUUUGUCGACCUCAAGAAGAGCCAGGUGGAGCAGGAGAACUUUUUGUUAGAGAAGAUGCAGCGCUUGAAGGAUAAUGAGUCUGAAACCUCUGGUGAUAGUGUUUAA